GACAAAGUUCCAACGUGCUUUGAAGUUGGCGUAUUCCUCUCUUUUUCGACGAGGGUUGCUUGUAAGAACGUGUCCCACCGCGGCGGCUUCUUCAUCAAGCCAAAAUGGGUUUCGUUAAAGUAGUGAAGAACAAGCAGUACUUCAAGCGUUUCCAAGUGAAGUACAAGAGACGUCGUGAGGGUAAAACCGAUUACUACGCUCGUAAACGCCUGACUAUCCAGGACAAGAACAAGUACAAUACCCCCAAGUACAGGCUAAUUGUACGUCUGUCCAACAAGGAUAUCACUUGCCAAGUGGCAUAUUCGAGGAUCGAGGGAGACAGAAUUGUCUGUGCUGCUUACAGCCACGAACUUCCCAACUAUGGAAUCAAAGUUGGUUUGACCAAUUAUGCAUCUGCCUACUGCACUGGACUCCUUUUAGCGAGAAGGCUCCUGAAGAAGUUGGGACUCGACAAACUGUAUACUGGCACCACUGAAGUGACCGGUGACGAAUACAAUGUCGAGGAGCUAGAUGAUGGCCCAGGUGCCUUCAGGUGUUAUCUGGACACUGGUCUGAUGCGUACCACCACUGGUGCACGAGUUUUUGGAGCCAUGAAGGGAGCUGUAGACGGAGGUCUGAAUAUUCCCCACAGCACAAAGCGAUUCCCUGGAUACGACAGUGAGUCCAAGUCCUUCAACGCUGACGUCCAUCGUCAACACAUAUUCGCCCAGCACAUCGCCAACUACAUGAGGACACUCGAGGAAGAGGACGUUGAAGCCUACAAACGUCAGUUCUCACAGUACAUCAAGAAUGGAAUCGCUGCUGAUGCUAUUGAGGGACUCUACAAGAAGGCUCACGAGGCUAUUCGUGCCAACCCAGACCACCAGGUAGUCGAGAGGAAGAAGGAGCCAGUGAAAAAACGCUGGAACCGCGCUAAAUUAACCCUCUCAGAGCGCAAGAACCGCGUGAACCAGAAGAAGGCUUCAUUCAUGAAGAAAUUGGAAGAGGCCGAAGCUUAAAAAGCCGGCCCAUUAAAACCCAUUAUUUUUGUACCUCAUCCGUUAAUCUGGAUCGUUCACGUUGCCAUUCUGUCUUAAGAAUGUUAUUUUAUAUGUAGCACGUGAACGGUGGUACGAAAAUGCUGAUAAUAAAAAUGAAAAACACUA